GCCCCACACACACACCGCCAGAAAUCUCUACUCUAGCAAGACUGUGUUUUUCAGGGAAUGGGGAACUGAAAAUUCAAUAUUGAAAAAUUACAACAAUAUUAAGUUAUUAUUUGAAAUUUAAAUAUUCAGAAGUUGAAACGCCAGUAAAACAUGCUGGAAAUUCUAACGCUUUGUGGUAUUAAUUGACCGUCGUGUGACAAAAUAAUAGUGGAAAGUUGACAUUUAUUUUCUGUCUACCUACAAUCUGCAAGGUUCAUAUUAGUGUUAUGUGCAUAGGAACUACAAUUAGUUAAUUUCUAGGCGCAUCUUGUAUUCGGUAUUCAUACAACUAUGGAGGGUGCAGAUAACAAUCGGCAAGAAAGAGACGCAAAUGGGACUAAUCUCACCUUUUGUUCAAUUAUGAAAGUGGAGAAAGUGGAGCAAUAUGAAGAGCAGGAAUUACUAUAUGACUCUGUAGAUUUUCCAUUUGUCCAUUUUCUGGAUUACCCGGUGGGCAGUGCAGAUGAAGUCGCUAACACCAUGGACGAAGGAUCAUCCCAUCAAUGUUUGGACGUCAAGGAAGAAGCUGAUGACUACAACGACGAAACCACAAAUUACUGGCCAUCCCUUCUUGGAAACUACAUGAAAUCUGAACCACAAUCUGAAAAUGAUUCUGAUGGUGAGUUUGAUGUCGGGACGUCGUCAAUCGAUUCAGAAAGUAGCAGCGAUUUAGAUUGGGAUUUGGAACAUGAGAAGCUUGCUAGAAAACGGAAGUGCAAUGAAAGACCUGUUGGCUGCAUACAAAAGAAAAAAUCUGUGAACAUUAAGAAAGUUCGUUGUGCACCUGUGCUGAGACAGGUCGACAAAACUGAUUCUGACCGUGUGCAAAAUGCCUUCAAAAUGAUAACUGACAGUUUGAAUUUGGGAGAAAGAAAUAAUAAAAAACCGUUCCAAAAAAUGCCAAUGUCGAUGAUGGGGACACAAAAUGACACAAAACCUAGAAUAGCAAAAGACUUUAAAACUACUACUAACAACAAAGAACAGAAUGAAUCAAUCAUCCCCUCAACUGACAUUUGUCCUCCAAAUCUCACAAUAAUGUCCAUCCUCUCUCUCUCUUCUCCAGACACUAAAUCCUCAUUGGCCAAUAUACCAGCAAAGCCAAAUAAAACUGUAAAAGUUGUAUCUCUGGAUAAUGGUGGCAAGCUUCCCAAAACAUCGAAACGUAUCAAUAAUAGACGAGUCAAAUGUGUAUUUUGUUCCCAAGUUUUUACCGUAGAUUGUUUAAAGAACCAUCUCAAAAACUAUUUCAAACAAUUCCAAUGUUCAGUGUGUCUUUUCACAUCGUACCAGAAGAAGACGUGUGUCAUCCAUGUGAAAACAUCUCCCAAAUGUAGUAAGGCUGAUGUGCUCGUCGGCACUUUCUUUGUUUCGAAAGAUCGCAGUAACAAAAUAAGCAAAUGCAGCAAUGGAAAAAAGUGCGAUAAAUCAAUUUCUGCUUCUAAUUAUUAUUAUCAGUGUAGUCAGUGUGAAACAUUAAUGAAAACAGAAUACCAAUUGAUAAAUCAUUAUCGACAAGUUCACCAGCAUAUUUAUAAUAACGUUGUUACACUAGAAAAUCCAUUAUCUAUGGGAUCAAUUAUCAAAAUGAAAAAGAAGAGCUCGUGGAGUGUAAAAUUGAAGUUGAAAGAAUGUUCAAUUAAGUUAACCAGGAUGAAUGAGAACGAAGUAGUAGAGAAGCCUGAGGAACUAAAAAAAGGACAACUUUCCAAUCAGUUUCUUUCCAUUUUUAGUCGAGUCAUUCAAUCGGAAGAGAGAAAUAAUGUCACCCUGACCUGUGGGUUUUGCUUAAAAACCUACGCCACACGUCAUGGAUAUAAAAUGCACUUGCUACGCAUACACAAUCAAACAGCGUCAUCAUCAUCGGCUAUGCAUUCCGCUACGAGUAGUAGCGAAAUUCCUCCUAGUCACUCAAUAAAGUUAUUCCCAGCGAAAGAAACGGGGGAUUCGGUCAAGCUUGAACUGGACAACAGUUCAGCAGCAAUCUGGCCCCCUCUAAGUCAUGAGAUAAAGAUGGAAGUGUUGUGAUUAGAUUGCAACCACGCAUUUGGACGCAAGGACCUUGAUUUGUAAUGCAGAAACAAAAGACGAAACAUAGAUCAUCGUAUUCUCGUAUUGACAUCCGGCAGUCAACACCAAGAAAUAAUUGAGCAUUUUGAUUCUGAUUGAUUUUUUUUCACGUUCUUUUCUUAUGCUAAGCCGUUGGUGUAUCGUAAUAUUUUUGUCAACGGAUAAAACCGAUAAUGUGGAAUCCCUGUUGUAUGUAUAAUAAACCAGUGCUCUUUGUAGAAAGUGGUA